AUGGCCGAUGAGAUGAUCAGGACUCAACUCAUUGUUGCCGAGAAGCUGGUGGCUUUGCUGGAGAGUGGUACAGAAAAAUUGCUGCUGAUUGAUAGCCGCCCCUUUGUGGAAUACAAUACAUCCCACAUCUUGGAUGCCAUCAACAUCAACUGCUCCAAGCUUAUGAAGCGGAGGCUGCAGCAGGACAAAGUUUUGAUUACAGAGCUCAUUCAGCAUUCAGCAAAACACAAGAUUGAAAUUGAUUGCAAGCAAGAAGUGGUGGUGUAUGACCAAAGCUCUAAAGAUGUGACCUCUCUGUCAUCUGAGUGCUUUCUUACUGUGCUCCUGGGCAAACUGGAGAAGAAUUUCAGCUCUGUGUAUCUGCUUUCAGGUGGAUUUGCUGAGUUCUCCAGCUCUCUCUGUGAAGGAAAAUCCACACUCGUCCCUACUUGCAUUUCUCAACCCUGCCUACCUGUCUCCAACAUUGGCCCAACCAGAAUCCUUCCUCAUCUCUAUCUUGGGUGUCAGCGGGAUGUCCUCAACAAGGAGCUGAUGCAGCAGAAUGAUAUUGGCUACGUACUAAACGCCAGCAAUACUUGUCCAAAGCCUGAUUUUAUUCCAGAGUCUCAUUUCCUGAGAGUGCCUGUGAAUGACAGUUUUUGUGAGAAAAUUUUGCCUUGGUUGGAUAAAUCGGUUGAUUUUAUAGAAAAAGCAAAAGCAUCAAAUGGCCAUGUGUUAGUGCACUGUUUAGCUGGAAUAUCUCGCUCUGCCACAAUUGCCAUUGCAUAUAUCAUGAAGAGAAUGGAUAUGUCCUUAGACGAAGCUUACAGAUUUGUGAAAGAAAAAAGGCCAACCAUUUCUCCCAACUUCAACUUUCUGGGACAGCUUCUGGACUUUGAGAAAAAGAUCAAGAACCAGAGCGGUCAGCCUGGACAUAUUAGUAAGCUGAAACUUCUGCAUUUAGAAAAAAGCAGUGAGCACGUGUUGGUCCCAGAAGGCGGGCAGAGCAGUCUCUCUGCUAACCAGCUGUGCAUUACCACUACCUCCGAGAUCGUGGAACAGAAGCCAACGGACUGCGGCAGUGCACCAUGCGGGCACUUGUCCCCCCUGGAAGAUGGCCCGCUGGUACAGGGCAUAAAUGGACUGCAUGUCUCCCUAGACAAGGUGGAGGACAGCAACCGGUUGAAGCGCUCCUUUUCUUUGGAUAUCAAAUCUGUAUCCUACUCGGCAAGUAGCAACUGUGUGACUGCAUCGGUUCAGGGCUUUGCCUCCUCUGAAGACACCCUGGAAUACUACAAACACACAACUGCUUUAGAGGGCAGCACCAAGUUGUGUCAGUUUUCCCCUGUCCAGGAGGUCUCUGAGCAGACCCCAGACACCAGCCCUGAUAAAGAGGAAGCAAACCCUCCCAAGAAACCCCAGAACACCUGGCAGCUGGAUAGCCAGAGCAAACGGCAACACCUGGGGAGAGCCAGCAGCAGUGCCACCACUCAGCGUUCGCUCCUGUACCCCCUCCACCGGAGUGGGAGCAUGGAAGACAACUACCAAACAAACUUCUUGUUUGGUCUCUCCACCAGCCAGCAGCAUUUGACAAAGUCUGCUGCUGGGCUGGGCCUCAAAGGCUGGCACUCAGACAUCUUGGCUCCUCAGACAUCGGCUACGUCCCUUACCAACAGCUGGUAUUUUGCAACCGAGUCCUCGCGUUUCUACUCUGCCUCCGCCAUCUAUGGGAACAGCGCUGCUUACUCUGCCUACAGCUGUAGUCAGCUGCCCACAGGCUGUGACCAAGCCUGUGCUGUGCGCAGGAGGCCAAAGCAGGGUGAUCGAGGUGACUCCAGGCGUAGCUGGCAUGAGGAAAGCUCUUUUGAAAAGCAGUUUAAGCGCAGAAGCUGCCAGAUGGAGUUUGGGGAGAGCAUCAUGUCAGACAACAGGUCCAGAGAAGAACUAGGGAAAGUAGGUAGUCAGUCGAGCUUUUCAGGCAGCAUGGAAAUCAUUGAAGUCUCUUGA